CAAUUAACUUUAAUUAAAGAUUCAAUUUGUACUCCGAAAAUGUAAAUUCUGUAAGAAAUUAAUAUCUGUGAAUUGUGUGUUCUCCAGUGAACUUAAUUGAUUCUCUUUGUUUUUUUCUUCUUUUGAAAGGAUUGAAACAUAUUCCAUUUUGAAAUUGUUUCUCCUCAACCUUAAGAGAUGAACUGGACUAAUCAGAUUAAUUCUUAUUCUUUAACAAUUAAUUUUGUGUGAUCAUUUUAAAUUUCUAUCUAUAUUUCAGUUCUAUUGUAUGACGAUUAUUCUGCAAUCUGUGAAAUUCAAUAAGAGAGAAAAAAGAGUUUGUUAAAUUGCUUCCAAUUGAAGGUUGAUCAGUUUAUUUGGCUGAACCUUUUUUGUUUUGUUUCCUAACCAAUUUUCAAAUUUGAUUUACACUUUGACCUCUCAUUGUGUAUCAUGGCUUCAAUUUCUGUCCCAGAAUUUAAGGUUAUCCUUUGUGGAGAAUAUGGUGUUGGUAAAACUUCAUUGUUCCGUCGAUUUACUUUGGACACUUUUAUCGAUACCUCUGGUUACAGUAAUUCCCAAGCUCGUCAAUCAACCCUUGGUCUUGAUCAUGCAAGUCGAAAGUAUGAAUUAGAUGGAUUUAAGACAAUUAAGAUUCAACUUUGGGACACUGGUGGAUUAGAAAGAGUUGCAUCCAUGACCAAUUCUUACUAUAAAUUUGCUGAUGCUGCUCUUCUUGUUUUCAGUCUUAAUUCAUUGGAAUCUUUCCAUUUUAUCAGUCAACAUUUACUCGAGAUACUUUCUCUUGCUGAAAAUGCGAAAAUAUUUUUAGUUGGUAAUAAGAGUGAUAAAAGUCUUCAUGAAGUAUCAGAUUCAGAUAUUGAAAUGUUUAUGGAACAAUUUCCAAAAUUUGAAGGUUUAUAUAAAGUCUCAUGUAAAAACAAUACCGGAGUAAAGGAGAUGUUCAAUGAAAUUGCUGAAAAAUUAGCGAACACAAGUUACAAGAGUAAUUUGGAUGCCCUUAAAUUACAUAAUCAAGAAUCAUCUUAUGUUAAUGAAUCCAGUUCAUCAAAUAUAAGUGACUUUUGCUGUGCCAAAUAAUUUAACAUCCAUGAGGUGAAGGCAAAAACAAAAACAAAGCUCAUCAAAGAUGAAAAUCCAAGUGUAAAUAUUGAGAGAGACGAUUAAAUUGACCAAUACUUAAUGGUACUAAUCAAUCAACUGGAUUUUCAUUUGAACAUUUAACGAAUCACUAAUGAAACUCAGCAAAUCUAUUUAACUGUUUACGAAAAUUGCUCAUUCUCAAAAGCCUAAUGAUCAAAGGUCUAGAAUAACAUGAAAGAGAAAUCAAAAUCAAAAUCACAAUCGAUUAAUCAAUCAAUACGAAAUUGUCUUAAUUUCCAAUUUAUUAACUCAAAUUAAACCCAAUGUAAAGAAAUAAAUAGUUUAUUUCUACCCAAAGAAA